AUGUCCGACAUCCUAGAGAUCGAAAAUUCCAACGGACUGAAGUUCGGAGAUUCACAAGUGCAGGCUCGAUUCGAGCUUGGCGUAUGCAUGGCCUUGUAUAACUGGACUGACCUCACCACAGCAGUUGAUAACAGCUGGGGAGGAUCUGACUCAGAGGAAAAGCGAGAGUGGCUCGUGGGGAACAUAGUCGAACUGUUUGAGGAAUCAACAGUACUCGACGCGCUCGACAUUCAAACUAGACUAUCCCAGGUCAUGGAAGACGAAUUCGAUACAGUCGUGGACGACGACAGUGAUUUCACAACUGCACAAUUGUUGAUUCAAAUCUGGAUGGAAUGUUCACAGGGCAUAUUCUCUACGGUCGAAAACCAGUACAACAAAUAUGAGAAGAGCAAGAACACAAAGACCAGCGUGAAGGUCGACGACCAGACUACCGGUGGUGAUAGCGAAGACGAGGAGGACCAUGCACCGGACCUUGUGGACGGGGAUUCUGAGAUGGCAGAUUUGGGUACAAAAGAGAAACAGGGCCCUGUAAUCGAUGAUGACGGAUUCGAAGUUGUCCAGCGAAAAGGACGCCGAUAA